CCUCCUACAUAUGAAUCAAUUAGGAGAUAAGAAGCAGGCUGCUUCAUUACUCCUGCAAACGAACAGCCUAUUGCAAAGCAAAUUCCACCCAGGUGACAGCCCAACCAGGCUAGCGUGUGUGCAGAUGUGAACCACGAAGGAAAAUGAAUCUCAUAUUUGAUAUUCUUUGGCUUGCCGUCAUCGUAAUCUACUCCUGUGUGGAGGCCUUGGUGAAACUUUUCAUUCCUGUGAAAAGAAAAUCAGUCAGCGGGGAGAUUGUGCUAAUUACGGGAGCUGGACAUGGCAUUGGAAGACUCACAGCCUACGAAUUUGCAAAAAGACACAGCACUCUAGUCCUCUGGGAUAUCAACAAGCAUGGUGUAGAGGAAACGGCUGAAAGAUGCAGAAAGCUGGGAGCCCGUGCUCAUGCCUUUGUGGUAGACUGCAGCAUCAGGGAGGACAUCUACAGUGCUGCAGAGAAGGUGAAAAGAGACAUUGGAGAUGUCAGUAUCUUAGUGAAUAAUGCUGGAGUAGUAACAACGGCAGAUCUUCUUUCUACCCAGGACAAACAGAUAGAAAAAACAUUUGAAGUCAACAUUCUUGCUCAUUAUUGGACAACAAAAAUGUUUCUGCCAGCAAUGAUGAAAAAUAACCAUGGCCAUAUUGUAACUGUUGCGUCAGCUGCCGGACAUGUUACUGUCCCUUUCCUGGUGUCUUAUUGUUCAAGCAAGUUUGCUGCUGUUGGGUUCCAUAAAAGUUUGACAGAAGAGCUGGCUGCCUUGGGAAAAGACGGGAUCAAGACCACAUGCCUUUGCCCGUACUUUAUAAACAACGACUUUUUGAAAAAUCUGAGUACCAGGUUAGUGCCUGUUGUGGAGCCUGAGAACGUGGUAGCUAAUCUUAUGGAUGGUAUUCUUUGCAACCAAAAAAUGAUUUUUGUUCCACGGAGUCUGAAGUGGCAUUUGUUGGCGGAAAGAAUUCUGCCCGAGCGUGCCUUGGGGGCUUUCAUCGACUUACUAAAAAUAAAAUUUGAUGCAGCUGUUCAAUGUGAGAGGAAACAGGAUUAAAUUUAUCGGGGCCUCCUGGGAGUUUAUACAGGGUAACUGAAGCCAUUUCUUCAGAUGUUUAGAAGAUUCCUUCUAGACACAAGGCUUCCUGGUAUGCCUUUUGUUAACACCUGAUCUGUAACCUGUAAAAAGAAUCUCAUACACUUCUCAUCCCAAGUAAAAGGGCUGGUACAAUGUUGUAAAAUAUAUAUUCUUCUCUUUCUGUAAAGAAGCCUAAUCAUGUCCUUUUGCUUUCAAUGCAGUUUUUCCAGUUGACUUGUCUCUAAAAAGUAACCAGGCUGAAGGUGUGUGUGGGGGGAGAUGCCUUGAUUCUAGUCUGUACACAUAUAAGGAAAAAAAAUGAGAUGUUGAAUAAACAUUAGGAAGACCUUCCAAACAGGAAGA